AUGGAUAAAAUAGAGGCAGCAAUUAUAAGUAACAAACCUGACUAAUCUGAAAUCAAUUGGAAUGAUUUUAACUGGCCUCCUCUCAUUAAGAUUUUCCACUUCAAUUUGAGUGAAUUGCAAGAUCCGUAGAAAUCAUUCGUACGCCUUCUUUACAUUUCCUAUCUUUUCAUCUUAGGAACUACAUGUUUGAACCUGAUGGAUAACUGCAUUUAAGCUGGAUUAGGAUAUCCAAAAAUUAGAAUAUUAUACGCGCUCCUCAAUAUCUUGAUAUUUAAUGCACUCCAGAUGUACAUAUUUUAUUUGGGCUACAGGGGGAUGUGUGCUCACUAAUCCUUAUUGAAAUGGUACAGGAUUUUACAUGUAAUCUAUAAAAUAAAUGAAGUUAUUGGCUGGACUCCUUUGGUUAACGUUAAGCAUCAUUGAUACUUUGGGUUGGAACGGAUUUGUAAGGGCAGCAACUUUUAUAGAUCAAGGCCAAGAUGGAUUAGUAUUCCUCUCAAUCGCUGAAAGUUUGGGAUUUUUGUAGAGUUUCAUUCUAACUCCUAUUUGUAUUUGCGGAUCUCAUAAAUUUGUAUUUGACACUAUAGAAAUUAUAGAGAAAUGUGAUAUUUUAGAAAAUGACUUUAUUUUUAUUAUAACAAUUUUAUCUAGUCGCUAUCUUCUUUUAACUAAAUAUGUAAGUAUAACGCACAUUUUAUAAUUUGGAAAGCUUUCUUCUUAAUAGAUUGAACAAUUAUAGCUGAAAUUAAUAUCUAGUAUAAUUAAUUCAAAAUGA